GUAGGCUGCAAAUGGUGUAUAUGGAUUGCAACCUGGUUUUGAUGCAGUUGUGGGAAGAAUGGAGACUAGCUCAAGAGCUUCUAAUUCAGAACAUGUUCCAUUUGAACAAAGCAUUGAAAUUCAAAAAUUACGGCCGGGUUCAGGUCAUCUCGAAGUAAUGAAUAAAAUGGAUGGACCAAUAAAAUCCAUUCAAAUUCACGAUGUAAAAUUUAAUUCUGAUGAAAUAAUACUAGCUCCAGAUCCAAUGUGGAAUCAUGCAUCUGUUUUUAAUAAAGGAUUAACUAAUAACAAAAAUCUUCCCAUUUUGGAUGAACUGAUGAUCAAAUUAACGCUGUCAAAAGGAGUGGGAAUUUCAAUAGUCACACGAUCCCCUUGUGAAGAAUUAGCGUAUAUAACAUUAGAGAACAUAAUUGUUGACAUAAUCUUAUUGCCCUUCGCUAAGUCGAUCGAUUUAAAAGUCAGAGACCUGCAAAUAGAUAAUCAGCUUUUGGAAGCGCAAUGUCCUAUAGUAUUGCACACUUGGAAGUCAAAUACCGAAAAUUCAGAUCAAGAGUCAUUAAUAUUGAGGGCAAAAUUAUUGCCAAGUCCAAAUAAGAAUGCUGUUAUAUUUGAAAAUUUUUCUUUUGACAUUAAACCUUGUACUGUUGUAAUAGAAGAAAAAUUUAUUCUCAAAACUGCGUUAUUUUUGGGAUACAAAAAACAUACUCAACGACAUGAGAAGUUACCGGAUAAUCAUAUAUACCAUAAAUAUGAAAAUCCAUUUUCGAAAAAUGCUAAAAGGUUUUAUUUUGAAAGCUGUUUAAUUGGAUCAACACAGGUACGACUAAGCGUUUUAACAGCUCCUAAAUUAAGUACUGAGCUAGUAGAAAUAAAGAAAUCCUUGGGAUUAACCCUUAUUAAGUUCGAAGAUGCUAUUAUAGAAUUUGAUAAGUUUUCGGAUAGACAUCAUUUUGAAACAUUAGAAGUGUAUGCGAAGGCACUUAAAGCUCAUUAUAUAAAUCAGUUAAAGUGGCAUGCGGCAGCUAUUUUAGGAAGCGUUGAUUUUUUGGGAAAUCCUUUGGGAUUUGCAAAUGAUUUAUCGGAAGGAGUAUCUGGUCUCAUUUUUGAGGGAUCAGUCAAAAGUUUAGUUAAAAAUGUUACACACGGUAUAUCAAACUCCACUGCAAAGUUAACGGAAACCUUAUCAGAUAGCCUUGGGAGAGUCGUUUUAGAUGAACACGAUAAUGAAACAAGACAAAAAAUUUUGGAAGUAGCACAUCCUACAUCGGGAAGUCAUUUAGCUGCUGGUUUAAAAGGUUUUGGUUUUGGAUUGCUUGGUGGAGUCACGAGCAUUGUUCGACAUACUUAUGUUGGUGCUCAGUCUGAUGGCCUACCUGGAUUUUUUAGUGGCCUCGGCAAAGGCAUUGUGGGUACGGUUACCAAACCAUUGAUUGGUGUUCUGGAUUUAGCUUCUGAAACCGCUACCGCUGUUAGAGAAACAAGUAGAGGUUCACACCAUUAUCUGCCAGAUCGGAAACGUUUGCCACGAUGUGUAACUGGAGCACCAGGUGGACUUUUACCUUUCUAUUCCUAUCGACAAAGUAAAGGUCAGCAGUAUCUUUAUAUAAUAAAUCGACGAAAUUUUGGAGAAAAACUUAUAUUUUAUGAGCCAAAUCUUUGCAAUGAUAAAGAAGCACAAUUAAGACUUUUGGUAUCGACAGAAUAUGUCAGAAUUUUUUCAAGAUGCGAAGAGGAUCCUGCUAUUAUGUUUGAAUGUCAUUUAAGUGAAGUUUUAUCCUGUCAUCCAAUUACAACUAAUACGACUAUAUCAAACAAAGUACUACCUAGUUAUUAUAUUGAGAUAUCAACAAAUGUUCCCAAGAUUACGAGGCCAAGAGUCAGAUGUCAAACUGAAGAUAUUGCUGAAAGAGCCUCAAGAUGUAUAAAUUAUGCUAAAGCUGUCUACGAUGAACGCGAACUUUCAGUGGCAACAUUUUGAAUUUUAAUAACAUAACGAUAUGUAUGAUAUAUAAAAACAAAAUAGAAAACUUUGUAUAAAAUAUUUUAUGUAAUAUAUUUGUUAUGGUGAAAUUAAGAAAUAAUAAAUUUAACAA